UCAUCUCCUUGAUCCCUGCUACGUGGCUUAAUAGGAAACCGAUCAUCCUGGUGCCCAUCUGCCUUGUGCAGGCUCUGGGACGGUAAAACCCGCCGGAGCCAUCAGCCGGAGCGAGAGCACCAGGGUACUGGACCCCACAGUCUCCUUACACCAUCCGAUCCCGGAUCCAGCGCUCCCACGGCCGCCCUCACAUCAGCGAUGCUGGCGGAUGCCGGAGACCGGAGCUAGAGGCUGAGUCCAGGACAUAGAGCCAUGAAGCUGAACGAGCGGAGCUUGGCUUUUUAUGCCACCUGUGACUCCCCGGCUGACAACGCCGGCUUCCUCUACAAGCGUGGUGAGCGGCACACCGCGUACCACCGCCGCUGGUUCGUGCUGAAGGGCAAUAUGCUCUUCUACUUUGAGGAGCGGGAGAGCCGGGAGCCGGUGGGUGUCAUUGUGCUGGAGGGCUGCACCGUGGAGCUCUGUGAUUCGGCUGAGGAAUUCACCUUCGCCAUCCGCUUUGGUGGCACCAAGUCCCGCACCUACGUGCUGGCGGCCGAGAGCCAGGCUGCCAUGGAGUCGUGGGUGAAGUCCCUCUCACGAGCCAGCUUUGACUACAUGCGCCUGGUAGUGCGGGAGCUGGAGAAGCAGCUGGAGGAGAUGCGCUAUGGGAUGGCCCAUGGGUGUGCUGGGGGAUGCCGGGGGUCUCCCAGCUCCUGGAAGACGAAGCCUUCGGAGCUGGAGCGGUCAAUGGAGCGGCUGCCGGCUCUGCCCGCUGUCUUGCCGAAGGAGAAUGGCUGUGCUGUGUGGAACAACGCAUCGGGAGUGAACCGGCCACCCGAAGUUUCAGGCUGUGGUGAGGAUGCUGGUGAUGGGAACCCGCGGCCACCACCGCUGCCACCACGCAGGAGGGCAUCAAGCACCGAGGUGGGCAGUGCAGUGGUGGAGAGCCCGUCCUCCUUCUGCCGGCUCCAUGAGUGGUACGGCCGGGAGGUGGCCCAGCUGCGGCAGGAUUGGUUGGAGAGGCAGCGUGGUCCCCGGCCCUGAGUGAUGGCCAAGGCCUGGGGACCCACCAGGACCUGUAACAAGGAGAUGAUCAUUGUCAGUGCUGCAUUGGUCCCAUCGUCACCCUGGGAUGUGCAGCCCUGUCUAUGGUGGUGAUGGACACUGCUGAUGGUGCCACCAAGGGCUCAGCACUGAGGGACACUGGUGCUGCUCUGUGAUGGUGAAACACCAGCCCAGCGCUGAUGGCAACUGGGCUCAGUGUGCUGCCAGUCAGGCAUGAAGCCCCUGGGCUUUGGGGGCUGCCAGGCUUUUAGGCAUCUUGUGCCAAGGCAGCAGAUGCUCCCUGCAUGGAUGCACCCCUCCAGCCUUGCCCAGCAAGCAAACAAGCUACAAACCACUUCCUGGCUGAUGCUUGCUGGGAUUCCAGCACCACACUGAAUUUGGUGGGACCUCCUGGUGCUGUCGCAGUGGUAUCAUGCACUGACAAUGCUUUUGGAGAAGGAUUUGGAUGGGAUCUCGCUGGCCUGAGCCCCUUUGUGGGUAUUCCACAGCCGGAGACCCUGCUACCACCUUCCCCUCCCUGCGCUGAGCUCUGCCGGAUCCCUCUGCUCCAGCAGGAUGUGGUCUCAAACCAAAAAUAUCAGUGAGCACAGCUCUUCCUUAAUGGCAGCAGCUUCCCAGGGAGCUGGUGACACCCAGCCCGGGGUGCUCCACAUGGGGCAAUCGCUGCUUGCAGCCUUGGGUGAACCCCUGAUGGGGGCAGACCCAAGGGAACGCUGCAGCUGCAGGCACUCCCGUGCUGGAUGGGUAUUUCAGAGCAGGGCAUCACCCCUGCGCUGGCUUCCUAAGGGGAAACAUCACUCAUGGUGGUAAUGGGAACAUGUGUGUCAGCACAGAGCGUGUCGAAUGAUUCAUGUGCCAACCCGGAGUGAAGCUAGUGUCUUGUGCUAGUGUUGCUCUUUUCUGCUCCCAGUGGUUUGGACUGACACUAAGGCUGCUGGCCUGGAGGUGACCUGGGUUUGAGCUGGGUGGCUCUGGCUCCCUUUG